GAUGUGAUAGGCUGGUAGUGAAUCAUUGCUUUUACUGUUGACGAUAGGUCUUGCCGAGAAAUCAAGGAAAAUGAAGCGACCUGUUGUCGUGCCUCGUCAGGAAUCUCUCAUGUAUCCAAUUGUAAAAAAUCCUUUCGUGCAUAAUCUACAAUUUACUACUCUAGAUAUCGUUAGGAUUGUGAUUAUGUCUGUCACUAUAGCACCUGUUAGACUGGUAUCCUUGGCCCUGCUAUUUGGACUUGCCUGGUUACUAGCAAAAAUUUCAUUGGCUUGUAGAACACCAGAAGAAAAACAGAAACCGUUAGAAGGAUGGAGAAAGUUCUUGAUGAGACCAAUGAUAAUGGUGGGGAGAGCUGGUAUAUUUUGUUCAAGUUUCCAUAACGUUAAGAUUAAAGGUCAACCAUCAACCGCCAAGGAAGCACCCCUCCUGAUAGUGGCCCCCCAUUCCAGUUUUUUCGAUAGUCUUGUAUUAUUUUAUUGUUCGGAAUUUCCAUCAGUGGUGUCUAAGAAGGAAAUCUCCUCCCUUUUCUUAGUGGGAACUCUCAUAGAGUAUACACAGCCAGUGCUAGUCAAAAGAGAGGAUCCCAAUUCCAGAACCAACACAAUCAAGGAAAUUCACAGAAGAGCUCAUUCUGGGGGAAAGUGGCCCCAAAUCAUCAUCUUCCCUGAGGGAACAUGUACAAAUAGAAGUUGCCUUAUUAAUUUUAAAUCUGGUGCUUUUUAUCCAGGCUCCCCUGUGCAGCCUAUAUGUAUACGAUACCCAAACCAGUUUGACACUGUGACAUGGACAUGGGAAGGGCCUGGGGCCUUUGCCUUGUUAUGGUACACAUUGUGUCAGUUUCACACAAAGUGUGAAAUUGAGUUUUUACCUGUGUAUACUCCAUCCGAAGAAGAAAAGAAGGAUGCUGCAUUAUUUGCAGCCAAUGUCAGGGCGACAAUGGCAGAAGCCCUUGCUAUCCCUGUCACUGAUCAUUCCUAUGAUGACUGCAGAUUGAUGCAGAAAGCAGCCAAACUCAAGCUCCCCAAAGCUGCAGGACUUGUCGAGUUUAUGAAGUUAAACAAAAAACUAGGGUUGAAUUUUGAUGCAGCCAGUGAACUGUUAGAUAGAUUUUAUGCUAUUGCCAAGAACAGUGAUGGAAAGAUUACAUACGAAGAAUUUGCAAAUUAUCUACGUUUGCCUAAGUCUGAUGCACUGGAAGAAGUCUUCUCACUUUAUGAUCGGGAUGGAUCAGGAACAAUCGACUUCAGGGAGUACGCAAUAGGGCUGUCUCUAGUAUCCUCUCCUGAAAACACAGAGGAAACCAUUCAAUUCGCAUUCCAGCUUUUUGAUGAGGGAAACAAAGGAUACAUUACCAAGCCAGAGCUUGGACAAAUUCUGCAUAAUGCUUUCAACAUGGAUGGGCUUGACUCGGAUGCUCUGUUUGAUGAGGUUGACGUGAAUCAAGAUGGCAAAAUCUGCUUUGAUGAGUUUUCCCAGCAUGCCAUGAAGAAGCCAGAAUAUGCAAAGUUGUUCAAGACCUACCAGGAUGCAAAAACCAAUGGUCAUCAGAAACAGGAAUGAAAACUGCCCAGGAGGCAGCAGCUUAGCAUGUACCAAAUGAGCAUGUGCAGUGAUAGAACAGGAAGUGACAUCAUUGUCAGUGAUGCUGGUGCUUAGUUGUGUCUGUUUUAGUUUGUCUUGGUUUUUGUUAUGACAGUAUUAUUGUUGUCUGUUUAAUUUGGGGGUUAUCUCUAUGACAUAGUCAUGGGUUUUAAUUUCUUUAAAAUAUGUUUUUAUUUUAAUAUAUACAUAUACCAUAAUUUCUGGAAGAUAGGUUGAUAUUUUUCUCUCAGAUGUGCUGGUCAUGUCCUAUUUACUGGAUCAGCCUUUCUAAUGCUCAGGUUUAGAAAUUUGCCCAAAGUUUGUUUUAAUAAAAACCUAUAAAUUUCAAUUCAGAAUUUUGCCACAUUUACAGCAUUUCAGAAUGUCGGCAAAAAAAAAAAAUAUGGUAGAAGAAAAGGAAAGUAUUUCUAUAUGUGAAUUCAGUGUAAAUACUGUUGUACAUUCAAAAUUAUUAACAAAUUAACAUGUACAAAAAACUUAAGUGUGUCUCCAGACUAAAGUAGGAAUCCAUAAUUACAUGCUACAAUUAAAAAUGAAAUUUGAUCAGUGGGUCAUCUCAGUUUGAUAGUAAAAACAUCACAUACACUCAAACAAAAUUAGGUUAUCAAUGUUGCACAUCACAUAACUUGCUGUUAAACAUGUUUUGAUAUUCAGACUGUAAAUACGCUUGUAUGAAAUAAAUUUAGAAGCUAAGUAUUUAAAAAUCAAGGAAUAUUAAUUAACUAAAAUGAACAUACAUACUAUAUACAUGUAGUUACCUGAGUUUUAGUAAAGCCCUUGACAGAAAAUGCAUUGAAAAGGCAGAUAAUGAAUUAUUCGGCUUAAACAAACUCUGGGUUAUGAAAAUGAACUAUCCUGAGAAUAUCUUCAGAAAAAACAACAGUGUAAAUAAUUUUCAUCGUUGCUCAAACUCUAUAAGGAUCGAGUCAGCGGAAUUAGGCAUUGACAAGAUGGAAUUAUUGAUAUUAAUUUUGAAGAAGUAAAGUACAAGAGAUAUAAUUCUUUUUAACAAUUAAAAGUAAUUAAGAUAUCAAUUUAUCUUUAAUAUUAAUAUGUAUCAACAAUACAAAUUAAUGAUUUCUGCCUCCCCAAACAUUAUAGAGCAUAUGAAUCAGUGAUAAACAUUGGAAUUAGCCUUGUCCUUUACUCCAAAUCAAUCUAAAGAUUUUAUAGAUUUUUUGCUAAAAAUGAGCCAUUUGUCAUUCAUAUAUCUUCCGAAAAUUAUGGUAUAUUUUACAAAGGAAGUCAAUUUUCCAUAUACAUAUAGCAUAGAUUUGAUCUAGUUGGGUAUCUAGUUUAUAGGAAAAUAUGCCUCUACUGGGGAUAUAGUAUGCUUGAUUUAAAGCAGAUAAUAUGUUUUCAAACUUUUGUCAUCUAAAUAUGAUGGAUAUGUUGAUUGAUCUGAAUUUUUAUAAACAAGGGAUAUAGUAACUGACCUGUCUGUUUGCCCCAGUAUAUGUCCAUCCGUCCUCUAAGCUCAAAGUUUUUUCCUGAUAUACCAUAUACAGGAUUACUUUUUCCCCAUGCUAUUUAUGCCCUGAUAAUCUUGGAAACAAUUUUGCCCAGUUUUAAAUUGGCCCAAAAACAGUUGAAUUAAAAGAGAAAUUACUAAUCUCUGUAGACUUCGUCUUGUUUUUGUAUUCACCCAUUGGCGAUGAAGGCGAAUAAAUCAAAAAUAACAGGGGGGUGAAAAUUUCCCUGUAUACAGUAAUUCCAACAUAAAUAUCUUUUAAGACAGAGGUUCUAAAAGACAUUAAUAUACAAUGGCGUUUCAAUUAUUUAUUUGACUGGUCCAGAAGAAGUGGUAAUAGAAUUAGUAGUGGCCUUGGGGGGCAUGGUGUUUCAUAAGAAUUUUAUUGCUUUUGUUGCUUGCAAAAGCAAGGUAUAUACAUACAGGUAACUCUUGAUUGCUCGAACUUCGAUCUCUCGAAGUUAUUGAUCGCUCGAAGUGAAUCUUCGGUCCCAAAUUAUUCC